GCACAGCCAAAUCCAGACAACAACGCAUCGGACAGAUUCCUGCAGAGGCUGCUCCUUCCCAACCCCAUGUACCAGCACGUCCCCAACAAACCGCUGGACUACUACACCUGUGCAUUCCGCAAGUCCAAGCUGCAGAGGUUUCUGGGCAGUGAGUGUCCGGCUACAUAUUUCACUAACACACAGAGGAGUCGUAUUCUCUAUGAGAUCCUCUCACGCACUCUCUAUGGAAAACGUAAGCACGCAGAGGUUGGCAUCGAGCGGAUGGUGAAGGAAGGGAUAUACACGGCAGCGUUCCCUCUUCAUGAGGGUCCUUAUGAGCUGCCCGGGUACGAGGUGGCCGCAGAAAACCUCAACCCGCGCCAGAUCCUCUACCGGUACUGGUCUCGUUGGUCCCAGUGGUAUAAGUAUCAGCCCUUGGACCACAUUCGGGAGUACUUUGGGGAGAAGGUGGCUAUAUACUUCGCCUGGCUGGGGUUCUACACGGCCUGGUUGCUUCCAGCCGCUGUGGUUGGGACGUGUGUCUUCAUUUCCGGAGUCCUGACCAUGGGUAGUAACACUGCAGCGCAGGAGAUAUGUGAGAGUGGGAAGAAGUAUCAGAUGUGUCCAUUAUGUGACACCUGUAAGAACUGGUACAUCUCCGAGAUCUGCCCCAUGGCCAAGGUCGGGUACCUGUUUGACCACCCUGGCACUGUGUUCUUCAGCAUCUUCAUGUCCUUUUGGGCAGUCACUUUCUUGGAGUACUGGAAAAGGAAAAACGCCACGUUGGCUCAUCACUGGGACUGUAUGGACUACCAGGAAGAUGAGGAGCGUCCCCGCCCUGAAUUUGCCGCGAUGGCUCCACAGAUGGAGCAGAACCCGGUUACUGGAGUCAAAGAACCGUAUUUUCCAGAACGAGACCGUCUCUCUAGGAUCCUUACCGGAUCAAUGGUGAUUGUGAUCAUGCUCUGCGUGGUCAUGAUAUUCUUGGUGUCAGUCAUCAUGUAUCGGGGGAUAGUCAGCAUGAUGAUGUAUCACACAGGAAACAGCAUCCUCAUGACACAGGCUGGAAACAUUGCAAAUAUCAGCAGCUCAAUGGUGAAUCUCGUCCUCAUCCUCCUCAUGAGUCAGGUCUACACCUCGCUGGCUGAGAGGCUGACCCGCUGGGAGAUGCAUCGCACUCAGUCCUUACACGAAGACGCUUUCACCUUCAAAGUUUUCAUCUUCCAGUUUGUGAAUUUCUACUCGUCCCCGUUCUACGUGGCUUUCUUCAAGGGCAGAUUUGUUGGGUAUCCUGGGGAGUACGGCAAAUUGAUGGGCAUGAGGAACGAAGAUUGCGGUCCCGGAGGAUGUCUCAUUGAACUGGCUCAGCAGCUCUUCAUUAUAAUGGUUGGGAAGCAGAUUGUCAGCAACGUGCAGGAGUUCCUCGUACCAAAAGUGAAAUCUUGGCGACAGCGGAGGCAACUGGCUAAGGUGCGAGGGACCCAGAUCCUGGAGGAACCUCAGCGCUGGGAGGAGGAUUAUGAGCUUAUCGAAUGUGAAGGUCUCUUUGAGGAAUAUCUGGAGAUGGUCAUACAGUUUGGUUUCAUCACCAUUUUUGUGGCUGCCUUUCCGCUGGCUCCUCUUUUCGCCCUGCUCAAUAACUGGGUUGAGAUUCGUCUUGAUGCCCAGAAGUUUGUGUGUGAAUAUCGGCGUCCAGUGGCAGAGCGGGCUCAGCACAUCGGAGUCUGGUUUUUGAUUCUGGAGGCUUUGUCUCAACUUUCUGUUAUCGUCAAUGCUUUCCUCAUUGCAUUCACCUCCGAUUUUCUCCCACGUCUCCUCUACCAGUAUGAGUAUGACAGUCACCUGGAAGGAUACCUAAAUUUCAGUCUCUCCUACUCCCCACACAGCUACGUUACGGCAAACCACACCUUAUGCAGGUACAAAGCUUUCCGGGAUGAAGAUGGGAAGUACACACUCUUCUACUGGAAGCUCCUUGCUGUGCGGCUCGGAUUCAUCAUCGCGUUCGAGCACGUGGUCUUCUUCAGUCUCCGGUGCAUCGAUUGGAUGGUCCCAGAUAUUCCAGAGUCGGUGGAGAUUAAAGUGAAGAGAGAGCGGUACUUAGCAAAGCAGGCGCUGGCAGACAACCAGGAGGUACUCCUGACGGUGAGUCCGUCCUCCAGCUCUCCAGUAAUACAUAGCCAAACACAGGACUGGAACAUUACCCAGUGAAGAUAUACAAUUCAAGCUGCAUUUCACCCUGCGGCCUGAACGACAGAAUCUGAAAGCCGGUGAUGGUGUUUGUGUGGGAUCGGAACGAUCCGCAACGGCUUCGGUGCUAAAGGGGUAACGGCAAGAUAAUGUCGAGUCAUUGAGGAGUCAUCGGUGUCUGAACACGCAUCUAUUAAGCACAACGUCCCCAUAGUAACCAUGCAGGACUUUCUUUACGCCGCACUGCAACUUUGAUCAAGCACACACAGCUGAAGCACAAAGAGACUGUGUGGUAACAAGUGCAUCCAUCUACAUCAGUGUUUUCCAACUAGGGUGCCUCCAGCUGUUGCAAAACUACAAUUUCCAGCAUGCUCGGACAGCCAAAGGCUGUCCGGGCAUGCUGGAAGUUGUAGUUUUGCAUAGCCUGGGGAAAUCUUUACUGAUGCUUCCACAUAUUCUCUGCUCAGAUAGCCACGACUGACCACGAUUCUGUGGACCCCACAUGAUGACCACAAUGAAGGAUUCACAUACUUAGGGAUAAGUCUUCCAGAGCCCGACCUGGGGCCACAAGCACAAGUGAAAGUUUCAUAUAAUAUAUAAUAUAAUGUAGAUUUCUAAUAUACUGCUCAUAUAUCCUACCGCCAUCACGGCGCACCACUGGGUGGGAGGGACCCGUGAUGUCAUUGGAAUGCGCAGGAUCGGUCCCUCGGGCAUGCGGAGUAUAGUCGCUGUAGUACAUGUAGGUUCUCUGACUGAUGUGGAAUCGUGGACUUCGCGUCUCCGUGUCAUAUAAUAACCAAAGGCAGAAGAUAUCAAACAUAAAAUGUCAAAGCUGACCUGAUGGAAAAGAGAAAUAAUAAAUAAUAAUAAUAAUAAAAUCAUGAUAA